AUGGCUUCAGAAGAAGAUCAAUAUAAACCUUUUAAUAAAAACACCUUUAAAUGUUCAUUGACAGAGUUUAAAAAGCUACUUGCUACAGUGACCAAGCAAAGUAGACUGAAUAGACUGGAACAGCUUGAUGUUACUCAGGAAGAUGUCAUUGAUUAUGGCCAGUUUAAUACAACUGUUAAAACACUUUUUGGAUCAGAAAUGAAAGAUGAAGAUAUUGAAGCUGUUUUUAUUAAAAUUCAUUCUAAUCCAGAUGCUCCAGCUGACUGGACUGAGGUCUUUGGAUACUGUGAAGAUGAUACAUAUAAUAUCAAGACACGUAUGGAUGAAAGGACUUCCGUAUUAUACUUAUCCCAGAAAAAAACUAUUGAAAAUGCAACAGGUGGUGGAAAAAAGAAGCGCGAUGAAAUUAAAUGCAUUGUGAAAGUGCCCCAAUUUGAUGCUGUGAUAACUGCUUCUCAGAAAGGAACAAUGUGUCUCUUUAAUAGAAAGGUAUAA